AUGACGUUAGAAAUGGAGAUUAAGGAUUUACUAGUAUUCAGCGAUUCAAAUUUGCUUGUACAUCAGACUUUUAAGGAGUGGAUCACUCGGGAUUCAAAUAUCUUGCCCUAUCAUUGCAGCUUACUGGAGUUAGCAAAUAAAUUUAGGAGUUUGGAGUUUUGGCAUAUUCCACGUGUCAGAAAUGUCUUUGCCGAUGCAUUGGCCACUUUAUCUUCAAUGAUUCAACAUCUAGAUGAGUUGGUAAUUGAACCCAUCCAGAUUCAUCUACAAGAAAAACCUGCUCACUGCCUAAUUGUGGAAAAGUCUUUCGAUGGCCGUCCCUGGUACAAUGAUAUCAAGGAAUUUCUCAAAACGGGAUCCUAUCCUCCUGGGGCCGAUACAACUGCUAAAAGCUUCUUGCGCAAAUUGUCUUCCAAAUUUUUCCUAAACGAAGAGGUGGUAUACAAAAGGACGUCAGAUUUGGGCCUUCUAAGGUGUGUUGAUGAGGACGAAGCAGAAUACUUGAUGAAAGAAGUACAUAGUGGAGUAUGUGGAUCACAUAUGAAUGGCCACUUGUUAGCAAAGAAGAUCAUGAGGACCGGAUAUUUUUGGCUUACUAUGGAGCAUGAUUGUGUAGUUUUUGUUAGGAAAUGCGUAAAGUGUCAAUUGCAUGGAGAUGUUAUGCGCACUCCCCCUACAGAAUUACACAGUAUGACUGCUCCCUGA